AUGUUUGAUGUUAUUAGUGAUGGUCGUAUGUUGAGGGAUUUUGUUACCCACAUUUUGCAGCCUACUAGGGUUAUUAGCGGCAUUAGGAGACAACAGAAUAUGCCCUUACAUGACCGGAUUAUACCCUAUCUGGAGACCGCCGGCUUGUAUCAUUUGGCUAGGCUGAACAGUCAGUGGUUCUGGGUUGAUGAGCCUCUCCUUAGUGCAUUUAUUGAGCGAUGGCGUCCUGAGACCCACACCUUCCAUAUGCCCUUUGGUGAGUGCACUAUUACUUUGCAAGAUGUGGCAUAUCAGCUGGGUUUGCCGAUCGAUGGUGAGCCCGUUAGUGGGUGCCUGAUUGAGUUUGAGAAUCUGAUGGAGCACGGUAGACCAGCAUGGGUGUGGUUCCGCGAGUUGUUCGGGGAGUUACCUCCGCAGAGUAAGGUAAAGAAGAUGACAGUGUGCUACACAUGGUUCCAUGAGAGGUUUCGGGUUCUCCCAGCAGAUGCUAGCGAUGAGACCGUGUGUAUAUACGCUCGUGCCUAUAUUCUGAUGCUGUUGUCCUCGCAGCUGUUUGCGGACAAGAAUGCAAACCGGGUCCACCUUCGCUGGUUGCCUUAUUUGGCAUCGUUGGACGAGUUGGGCAGAUAUAGCUGGGGCUCGGCUGCACUGGUCUGGUUGUAUAGAUGUCUUUGUCGUGUGACAAACAGAAACGUUGUUAACUUGGCCAGGCCGCUACAGCUUCUACAGCCUUGGAUUUUCUGGAGGUUUCCCACUCUGAGGCCCAGUGGGUUUGAUGGAUUCGGGUUUCCUCUUGCUUCCAGGUACGGUUUAUUAUUUUCAGUUCGUAAAUUGUUCAACAUCAUGUGUUAUUCUUUGUUUUGA